ACUAGGUAUAUACUACCCUGGCGAAUCGAGGAUCCAAAGGAUUCAAUGUCGAUUUUACCCCGGUAGCGCUCAACAUGGCGGAUUCCAGCGAUUGGAAGAAGACGAACCGAACCAUUCAAAUCCUCGAAGCGGCCGAAAAGGGUAGUUAUGGCGUCGUAGCUGCGAUCGCAUACAAUAUCGAGCAGAUUUUAGGACUCGUACGCGCAGCAGAGAAAGCCAGAUCAUCACUCAUCAUCCAGUUCUUUCCAUGGGCUAUUACCUUCUCAGAUGGACUACUAGUCCGAACGGCCGCCGACGCGGCGCAUCGCGCCUCUGUGCCCAUAUCCAUCCACCUUGAUCACGCCCAAAAUGAAGACAUAAUCAAACGCGCUGCAGACGACCUGCCAUUCGACAGCAUCAUGGUCGACAUGUCGCAUUACGAAAAGGAAGAGAAUCUCGAGAAAACCGCGCGCUGGGUCAAGUAUUGCCACGAACGUCACAUUGCAACUGAGGCCGAGCCGGGUCGCAUCGAGGGCGGCGAAGACGGCGUGAUGGAUACCGCGGGCCUUGAGGCCAGUAAGACAACACCCGAGGAAGUCGAGCAAUUUAUCGACACGGGCGUGGACGCGUUGGCUCCAGCGUUUGGAAAUGUCCACGGCGAAUACGGGCCUCAGGGACCAAGCUUAGAUUUUGAGAGAUUUGCAAACAUCAAGAACCAGGUUGGAGGAAGGGUCCGACUUGUGCUCCACGGAACGAAUGGAUUCAGCCCCGAAAUAAUGAAGAAAUGCAUUGCCGCAGGCGUCACCAAGAUCAAUGUCAACAGACUGGUAUUAGACAACUACUACGCCCACCUUCGGUCACAAGUAUCGAAUAUGCCCCAUACGACCCUGAUCGAGCAGGGAAUUGAUAAGGUUGUGGAACAGACGAUAGAAUGGAUGGAGAUAUGCGGGUCGGCAGGCAAGGCAUAGAUCGAUCAAGGGAGGGUUUUGUUACCUCGUUCGUACGGAGCAAGGUAGUAUCUCUAGGAAUAUGUGUCUAGUAGUCAUUUAUAUAUGGUUCCAAUGGCUUAUGAUCUGGAAAAAAUAGAAUUUACGACCUACGCGCCGAAA